AUACCACACGACACAACACAACACAAACACAAUACUACAUUAGGCUUUCCCUUGCUGUGUCGUUCGGAAAUUCCCACCCAGUCCAACGAGCCAUGAACCAAGGACAKUCAGUGCCAGCGGCGCAACCCGGUGCACGCCAUGUGUCACAGAACGUGGUUGACACUUCCCGGUUGCCCCAGCCUCUCGCGAAGGUUGCGCCGAGCGUCGACGACGACGCGCAGUCGCUCGGAGUGAUUGCGGCACCCGCCGCCGACGAGACGCAGGCCCACACACAGACGCAAACACAGAGCCAAACCCACCAGUCUUCGGAAAUCGGCACAAACAAUACCACGAACAGCGUCGCCCCCGCUCACAUCCCCGUGGUAGAGGAAACCACAAACAGCAGCAGCAGCAGCAGCAGCAACAACAACAGCAGCAACAACAACAUGAAAGUAGAGGCGGAAGCCGAUGCCGAUGACCAUGCCCAUGCCCAUGCCCAUGUCGAUGAAGCGGAAAACGCAAUGGACAACGAAACCAAAUCCGGUGCGGGAAACGAGAGCGCCAUGAGCGAUGACGACGAAUCGGAAUACGAGUACGAAGACGACGACGAUGCCGCCUUUACCGGCUUUUUGGUGACGGACAACACGUACGGAGCCGCCAGCAGUAGCAGCGGCGGCAACGAAAGCAGCAACGGGAACACCGGCAGCAACGACGCCUCUGCCUCGGGCGCUCCGGCACGGAUCGUCGAGGAGGAGACCCCGGCCGCCUCGGCGGCUUCCUCGCCCACGAAAUCCGCCCUCGUGGAGUCGGAAGCGGCUUCUUCUUCGGCCGCCCYGCCCCGCAAGAAGUGGCGAGAACCGUCCCGUGCCGCUGUGAGCAUGUCGCUCCGGGCGCAGCAAGAAACAAGCGGAAGCAAGCGGCGGCUGGCCCAGGAUCUCUAUCGAAUCAUGAACCAGGACACCGAAGAGGCGGGCUUCUCGCUGGCYCCCCAAACAGAGGACUCGAUGGAGAAGUGGACGAUCAAGCUCUUUCAGUUUGAUCCGGACUCCAACCUGGCGAAGGACAUGCUGGUGGUUGGGAUCGAUCACAUCAAGCUCGAGAUGAAGUUUCCCGAGCAGUAUCCCUUCGAACCUCCCUUUGUGCGGGUCGUCAACCCCAGAUUCAAGCGGCAAACCGGCUUUGUGAUGAACGGUGCCCUUUGCAUGGAACUCCUCACCAAGGACGGAUGGAAUCCGAUCAACGACAUCGAGUCCGUCAUCGUUUCGGUUCGAUCGCUGCUGGUGGUCGGGGACGGCCGCCUCCAAGCGGCUACGGACCUGUCGAAGACCCGGUACGACACGCUGCUCGCGACCGCACAGCAAGAAAAACAGAACGGCGGGACCGGAGAACCGGAAAAGAAGAAAGCCCGGACCGAUGGAGACGAAAAGAAAAAGUCGGGGAUUCCCAGGAGCCAGGUUGGAUCGUACACGGCCACGGAAGCCCAGUCGGCCUAUUCGCACCUGUCCGACUACCACAAGAAGAAGGGGUGGGACACUUCUGGUUGGUGGGCCCGCAAGGGUUAGAUAGGACAGGACAGGACAGGACAGGACAGGACAGGACAGGACAGGACAGGACAGGACAGGAAAAGACACGAUAGGCUCGGUCUUGGCGGAGAUACGGGAAGAGGUCCGAGCAGAGUUCGGGGCAAGGCUUCGGAAUGCUACUUUUUUUUCUUUCGAUUUUCACGCAGGGCACCGAUGCAUCUUUUAGAAACGAGUGAAUCGUCCCCGUACUUUCUCCAAUCAACACCAACCGCUAUGCGGAAGUAUUGCUGCUGGCAACGACAUUAUAGACAUCUACAAAUACGGCACGGAAACAAUGGCAAACAAGGGAUACUAGGCACAAAACACACAAACACACACAAAACACACUCGGGCAUCCGAGGAGAUGCGGGAAGCAAUCCUCUCUUCGAGGUGAAUUGUUAAGAGCAGCGACCGAGCGGAUGAUGCACUUUGCUUCCGGAGCACACAAGAGACUAACGAUGUAGUAGAACGAUAAUAAUAUUAUUAUGACAA